AUGGACAACUUUCAGCAAAGAAUGGCUGAUCUUCUUAACAAAGCUCAAGCUUCGAAAAGUAAAGUCGCGUCUACUUCUGAGGUUGCAAGUACAAAUUCUGAUGAAAAAAAGACUCCGAAUAAAUCUACUCAAGAUUUUCAAUCUCUUAAAGAUAUUUGGCGUAAAAUGGGUUCCGUGG